AUGAAACGAGUACUUACUGUCGAUAGAGGACUUGUUUAGUCGGCGAAGGAGUACUUUUUAAUCUAAAGCUGUCGCAAGUACAUUUAUCUAGUUAUUGUUUUUACUGAGAUCUAGAUAUUAGCCUGUAGAAGAACACGUUUAGAGUUUUUUUUUUAAUUAUUAUUUUUUUUAAAGAAAUAUUGCUACCCGCUAGCCAACAACAACAUCGCGCUGUAAUCGGAUGACGGCGAGCAUCGCUGCUUUAACUGAGCUGUUUGUAUGAAAGUCAGGUGCUGAUUGCCAGUUGAAUUAUGUCCACAUUGUCUAUGGAUAAAGAACUGCAAGAGAGCUUAAGAGAGGCGAGUGCUAUUGGAGACCUUGAUGAAGUGCGGAAUCUAGUCGAGAGCGGAGUAAACAUCAACUCCCAGAAUGAAAUCAAUGGAUGGACAUGUUUACACUGGGCAUGCAAGAGAAACCACAAACACAUAGUGGCAUAUCUUCUGAAUUCUGGGGCCGACAAAGAAAUUCUCACUGCAAAAGAUGAGUUAGCUGUUCAGUUGACCUCCAAACCUGAGAUCAGAAGACUGCUUGGAGUAGAGGAAGAGGAAGAUGCGUCUGAAGUAAAGGAAGCAGAGCUGCCAAUUAUUCCAAACUAUCUGACGAACCCACCUUUCCUGUAUUGCAAGAUGGAAAAGAGUGACCUGAGUGUAGCACGACAUGUUUCCCAGAAUGGCACCAGUGACCAUUUGGAAACUGUAGUCUCAGAGCCAGCCACUUUAUCUCCCAUACAGCAGCAGCAGCAGCGCCUGUACUCGGAUGGCCAAAGCCAACCGGCAUUGUCCUACGUCUCCAUGGUAGAGCCGAGCAGCAUUGUGCCAAACCAGGUGACUAAUGGGACCUUGUCCGUGGAGGUCUCCCCAGAGGUGCAUCACAACAACCAUAACGAGUACACUCACAAUCACAGCAUUGCCCAGAACAGCCCUGUUUGUCCCCCAAUCCCUUCCGCAAGUGCAGGCUCUAACCCCACCAUUACUCGGCAACAGUCUCUCCCCCAUCAGCUGAAUGGCUCUCAGCCUGGGGGCUCUAUGCCUGCCUUCCAGCCCUUCUUCUUCACCAGCACCUUCCCUGUAAAUGUGCGAGAACUCGUUUUGAAGGUGCGAAUCCAGAACCCACAUGCCAGAGAAAAUGAUUUCAUCGAGGUGGAGCUGGACAGACAGGAGCUGACGUACCGGGCAUUGCUGCGGGUCUGCUGCCGUGAGCUGGACAUUAGCGCUGAGCAUGUGGAGAAAAUACGCAAACUCCCCAACACUAUGCUCAGAAAGGACAAAGAUGUGGCUCGGCUUCAGGACUUCCAGGAACUGGAGGUGGUGUUGGAGAAGGCGGAGAGUUUGUCGUUGUUCUCUGGCCCAGGAGGGUUGAACGACAGGCCCUGCUACAAUAUGAAAGCCUCAAGGCUCACCUACUAGCUCCUGCCUCAAGACCCAGCAUGAGGCAGACUCGUUUGCUGCCCCAUCUGGGACUGUAUUUCAAAAUGCCUAAUUCAUACCUAGGUUCUGUUUUUGCCAUUUGACAGAUCAGCUGCCAUUCUUCCAUGUCCCUCCUCAGUCUGUGUACAAUGUUAGCCAUAUGCCUUUUCUCCCAAGCCAAUAUUUUGCCCCUGCAUGGUCCCACAGCUAUCCAAAGAACGAUGUGAGGCUCCCCUCCUCCACUUUGUUAGUGGUGUGGGUCCCCCCACUUCACAAGUCUUUGGUUUCAGUGUCUUUCAUGGUCAUGACGACACAUUUUCGGAGGCACUUGUUUUGAAUAUUCAAAAUGUUCUCGCUCUGCUUUAGGCCGUAUAUACAAAUCUGUCACUUCCCAUGCUGCUGACCUACGUGAAGUUUUCAGAUCUGCCUCACUGCUGUGUUUGCUUAUGAGGCCACUGUGUGGUUUUGAGCACAGCUCACAGGGACAGUUGUGACCUGUACCAGCACUUCUUAUUGUCAGUUAUGGCUAUUAACAUAUAUGCAUUCCUUUCCCAGUACAGAAUAAUUUAUUUGCACUGGCAAAGCACACAGCCAAUUCACUUCAUUGCUAACAUCUUUAAAUUAUGUUAGUGGGGGCUUUUUUUUUUUUAAAUAAAGUUCCACAUGGGAAAGCCAUUGUAGUUUGAUGUACUAAAAUACAGCAGCUUCAGAAACUAAAAAAGGAGGGGUGUUUUUCAUGUUCUGUGUAUUUUCCAGAUAAUCCCCCUCACACUAAAAAUGAUGACAAAUAGAAGGUACUUUAAAAAAAAAAAAAAACACGGGGCUUUUCUAAUAUAUUUUUUUUUUAAAUAAAUCCUUCGCUGGUGUGGUUUGGCGCCAUUGCUGCUCCUUCAGUCACUACAAACCAAAAACUAGUAAAACUUGGUCGAAAAACUUAUCCUCAUGAUCUUGUAUCAAGGCCUAAUAGUCAUUUUUCAUUCUGCACUGAAUAAUGUAGCAAAGAUUGCUGUUUUUAUUUAAAUGUUAAUUUUUAAAGGAAUGAAAGAUUCAAGAACAGGGUUUAAUGAAUGUGAGCUUCGACAAACACUUUCUUCUUCUUAUAAGUUUAAUAGGUGUAAUAAGAGGGAUGAAGUUAUUAUAAUGGAUAUUGUUCUCUGGACUUAAUUGCAGCACAGGUUUUAUAUUUAAGAAGCAGGAUUCAUACUUGAUGACUGAUUGGUCCAUUUAACAACAGUGCCGUUCGACGUAAGUAAUUCUCGAAGGCUCUGUAUUGUGGUCCCAGUUCCUGAGAUAAAUUUGCAAUAUUUUUGUCAUUUUUAUCUAAAUAAAAUUUGUAUAUGGGCCAAAAGACACAUUGCACAUGUAGACCUGGGGAUGUGCUUCAUUUCUUUGAGUUGUGUUCACAAACUUUUUAGUUCUGUAGAUAGUCAGGAAGUACAGUAUAAAUGUAGGAAAUUCAAAAGCAGGCACAACUGCAUAAAUGGAGAUGGCAUGGUGACUUUUUUUCUCUCUUUUUUUAAGCACACUAAUUUGAAACUCUUUUUGUCUUUGUUAGACACCUUUCUAAAACAAAUGUCUUAAUAUAAAAGCCCGCUUAAAAUGCAGAAACUGUUCAGCUUUAACUUUAGUCCCUCUAAAUAUUGUAUUGUUCUGUACUGUGAGUUUAUUUUAUAUAUUGUUUUAUAAAUUUGAUUGUAGAAAGAAAGAUCCAGAGCGCAGGACAUCUGAAAUGGAGCCAAGCAUUUCUGUCUGUCUGUCUCUGUAUCAGUUGUGUUUUGUAUACUCAUGAAAAUGCUGACUAUUCACAAGGUGGAGAAAGCUGCAAAGAUUCUGACUGAUGUAAGGCAUUUGAAAUUCUCUGUGGAAAAACUCGGUGUACUAACUGGUCAUGUUCAGGAUGAUGAAUACAGUUUGACUUAACCUAUGCA